AUGGAUCUGGUUAUUACUGUUUCCGGUAACUGGAUUAAGAAAAACAAAUAUGUAUUCAACGCUGAUAGUAGAGGGUGUAGAGUUCUCCAUUUAGAUGAGAACUCUACACAUGAAGCUUUCGCAAAGUCUGUUCUCGAUGAUUACGGAUUGAAUGAAAUGAGUGAUCAUAUUCAGCUAAGCUACAUAUUCUCGAAUAAAUCAUUGAAAACAAUGGCGCACGACACUCCACCAGUGUACGUGUCCAAUACUCGGCAGUUGCAAGGUUUUGUAGCCCUAAAGAAAAUCGAACAACUACGUCUUUGUGUUGAGAUUACGGAGAACAAGGACGACAGAGCAAGAGAGAAGACUAAAACAAACUUCAGUUUUAGCUCAGAAGUAGAAGCGUCAGAAGUUGAGUCCAGAGACGAUAAUUACAGUGGGAGUUACGAUGAUUGCAGUUCGGAGAAGGAAGAAAAGGACAAUGAGAUUGAUUGCUCUAGUAUUGUGGAAGGAGAAAAUCAGAACGUAGGCGGAGAAGAUGAAACAGGCAAAGAAAAGGAAGAAGACGAUGAAUUUGAUAGCCGAUUUGAUAUGUUCGACGACUCGGACGGUGCGUCAUCUGAAGAUGAUAACUUCAGCUCAUACGGUGAGUCUCCUUUAGAAGACGAAGAGUCACCAACGAUACCUCCCAAGAAGAUAUAUCAGAACUUCUCGAUGAGCGGGUCUAAAGAGAGUGAGGAGGUUCUUCUAAGGUUGGAGAUGUCGUCGUUAAAUCUUGCGGUAGGGCAACGAUACGAGAGUAAAGCCGAUUUGGAGAGACGACUGAAACUUCUUACAGUGAAGGAUCGAUUUGAUUAUGAUGUAGACAUAUCAACCCGAACAUUAUUCAUUGUUAAGUGUUGGGUUGAUGGAUGUAUCUGGAGGGUUCGUGCUUCUACCAAAGGGGAAUCCCCGGCGUUCUAUGUUUGUAUUUACGAAUCGAAUCAUACAUGUUCUACAACUGAGCGUUCUAAUCGAUGUCGAAAUGCAACACCAGAUAUUUUAGGAGAGUUGUACAAGAACUUUCUCAGCGACGUUGGUCCGGCCGUUCGCCCUACGAGUGUUGGAAUAGCUAUCACUAAGCAGUUUGGUUUAAAGAUGGAAUAUUGGAAAUCUUACCGGACGCUGAAAUUUGCAAGGGAAAUCGUUAAGGGAACACCUGAGAUUGCGCGUCUUCAAAUCGAUGAGAAUGGAAAAUUCAUGUAUGUGUUUCUUGCGUUUGGUGCGAGCGUAAAUGGGUUUCCUUUCAUGCGCAAAGUUGUGGUUGUCGACGCCUUCGCAGUGGUUGACACUGAAAAUGAUGAUUCCUGGCAUUGGUUUUUUACGCAACUAAAACUUUUGAUUCAUGACGACGAGGGUCUUGCGAUAAUCUCGGAUAGGCAUAACUCGAUUGGGAAAGCAAUUACAAAUGUGUAUCCGCUUGCUUCUCGUGGAAUUUGCACGUACCAUCUAUAUAAGAAUAUACUAGGAUGGUACAAAGAAAAAGAUGCAUUUCGUCUGGUGAAGAAAGCGGCGAGAUGUUUUAGGAUGUCUGACUUUACUCAGAUUUUCGAGGAGAUUGAAGCGAUUAAUCCAGCACUCCACGGCUACCUCCAAAGGGCUGAUGUCCGACUGUGGACGCGUGUUCAUUUCCCGGGCGAGAGGUACAAUUUGAUGACUACGAACAUAGCGGAAUCAAUGAACAGAGCAUUGUCGAAUGCUAGAGGUCUUAGCAUUGUUCGGAUAUUAGAAUCGAUACGGGUUAUGAUGACCAGAUGGUUUGCUGAACGAAGAGAGGAUGCCAGAUCGCAGCGAACCACGCUUACUCGUGGUGUGGAGAAACUACUACAUGGUCGUGUAACUGCCGCCAGAGAUUUGGCGGUACAGAGGAUUGAUGAUCAUCACACUGAAGUUAAAUAUGGAUCUUCCGGCGAGUCUUUGCAUGUUGUUAAUUUGGUAGAGCGAAAGUGCACAUGUCACCGUUUCGAACUCAAGAAAUUACCAUGUGUACACGCAAUCGAAGCGGCGGAGUACAGGAAUGUUUCUCGUAUAUCCAUGUGCAGUCCUUACUAUACCAGCAAUUAUUUGGUUAGCGCAUACGCUGAAUCAGUCAUGCCGGUUGAUUCAGCGCAACCUGUUCCAGAACUCGUGGCUAACCAACGCUGCUUGCCCCCGACUGUACGUCAACCACCAGGCAGACCGAAGAAAAAUAGGAUGAAAUCUACUUUAGAAGUUGCACUAUCAAACAAACGUCCUAGGAAAGAGCACACAUGUUCUCGAUGUAGACAGAGUGGUCAUAAUGCGAAAACUUGUCCGAUGUAA